UCAGUAACCCAAACUGCGCGAGCUUCAACGGUUUUAGGACCAUUUCUUUGAACUGAAUGACGAGUAAUACAUAUUAUACUAAGGUUGUAUUCAUCUUUCAUAAAUUUAGCAACCCUUGACUUUUUAAUGACGAGUCCUUCGAAGCUUUUAAUCAAUUAUCCUACACCGUCUUCAAUAGUUGCGGUCGGCUUCUUAUCGUAAAAAUCCACUAAUUGUUUUUUAUGUUAAUCGUUAAGUUAUGAGACCUGUUGCUUUUCAGUUUUAUUCGUUUUUUUUGGGGGGCACCUGCGUCAUGGUUAGCUAUAUAUUCUGCCUUUCAUUUAUGAGCAGUGUGAGUUUUAACGUUCGCAAGCUUAACUACGGCGUCGUUCUUCAAAUUCUUUUCAAAUACGUAAUGAAUAUACAUUUCCCGUUAAAAGCUGGUGUAUUUUGUAUGUUCAGUACUCCUACUGUCCUUUUCAGCUAUCGUUGCUUCUUUCAUAAUAAUAUCAGUAUUAUUAUGAGGAAGUCCUGACAUAUCAACUGGCGUAUACUUGAUAAACUUUUGAAAAGUCAUAAGUUUCGACAAGCGAAAAGAGGGAGACUUAUUAGUAGACAUAGCUUUUCUACCACUAUCAUCGUAAAUAUUUCCUUGGCUAUCCUCAGUGUAAAACGUUAAGUUAGAAGUUAUUGGGUGCUACUAUUGAAUUGUGAAAUGACCAAAUGAAGUUCAAAAAAGUGACUAAUUGAAGUUCAAGUUUUUUAAUUUUUAGGUGACCAAAUUUUCAAAAAGUUACCCAAUUGGGUCUGGAAGCACUGUA